GCCGCCGCCGCCGCCGCCUGGGCCUGAAACAAGAUGGCGGCGCUGGGCGGCGAGUUCUUCAGUGUGGGCAGCCAAGUGUCGUGCCGGACUUGCCAGGAGCAGCGGCUGCAAGGCGAGGUGGUGGCCUUCGACUACCCCAGCAAGAUGCUGGCGCUCAAAUGCCCUUCUUCCAGUGGCAAGCCUAACCAUGCAGAUAUCUUGCUCAUAAACUUACAGUAUGUUUCAGACGUGGAAAUAAUCAACGACCGCACAGAAACCCCCCCACCUUUAGCUUCACUCAAUGUUAGCAAGCUUGCGAACAAAGCACGUAUGGAGAAGGAAGAAAAGCUGAGCCAGGCGUACGCAAUUAGUGCUGGGGUCUCUUUGGAAGGUCAGCAGCUUUUCCAGACUAUACACAAGACGAUUAAAGACUGUAAAUGGCAAGAGAAGAAUAUAGUUGUGAUGGAAGACGUCGUCAUCGCCCCUCCGUACCAAGUGGAAAACUGUAAAGGCAAAGAGGGGAGUGCCCUAAGUCAUGUACGCAAGAUAGUCGAGAAACAUUUUAGAGAUGUCGAAAGCCAAAAGGUGAUGCAGCGUUCACAAGUCCAGCCAACACAGAAGGAAAGCGCCCUCUCAUCCUGAGUCCCACCUGCCCUUCCUUGGUUGCGACAGAUUGCUCCUGCGGGGUGGGGGAUGGGGUGGGGUGGG